UACAGUGCCUAAUGCGAAUGCGUCUAAUCUACGUAGUAUCAGUCAGUAUCCGGCCACCAGCGCUUCGUGUUGGUUUGUACACUGAUACCGGCGACGGAGUGACUCUGCCAAAGAUGAUUUAUAAAAAUCGCUAAGGUUGAAGUCACCGACCAAGAAAAGCCGACGUCGUCACGCAAUGGUUGGGAUAAAUUGGAACGAAUUGUUCCCAGGAAGAUGGACUCCUGUCAUUUUUAUCUCUUACAUGACUCUCUUUGUAAAUCAAGGUAUUCUUGUGACAUGGUCUCAGAGAAGUGGUCGUUAUGAAUAUAACAUUGUAGCAGUUGUAUUGUUGACAGAAGUUUUGAAAUUAAUCAUAUCUGUAAUAUUAUAUUGUAAAGACAAUAGCAUGCUUACUUUACUUAAGGAAAUAAAAACAAAUAAAAAAGUACUUUUGCUGUACAUGAUACCUUCGCUUUUAUACUGUCUCUACAACAAUCUAGCGUUUGUUAACUUGGCUAGAUUCGAUCCCACGACUUACUAUGUUUUGCUGCAACUUCGUGUUGUAUUCACGGGAGUCGUUUUUCAGGUCAUUUUUAACAAAAAAUUAUCGGCGACCCAAUGGUUCUCUUUAGUGCUCUUGACGGUCGGUUGUAUGGUAAAGCACUUUGACGUCAGUGUUCUUAACACCAAAUUGCAUAUAGAUAGUUCUCUACUUUUAAUUUUUGUACAGACAAUAUGUUCUUGCCUAGCCGGUGUAUAUAACGAGUAUUUACUCAAACAGCAAGGUGCAGACAUCAACAUAUUUGUACAAAAUGUAUUUAUGUACAUUGACAGUAUUUUCUGCAACAUUGUAGUAAUUGUUGCAUUAGGUAUAUUUGAAAAUUGUUUUAAUAAUAUAUUCAGUGACGUUAAUAUUAGCGCGUUUAUACAACCCGUAGUGAUAUUAAUUAUGUUAAACAAUGCAUUCGUUGGUAUAAUAACAAGUUUCUUUUUGAAGAAUUUAAAUUCUAUACUUAAAACAUUUGCUAGCGCGAUGGAAUUAAUAUUUACAGCGCUGUUCUGUUGGCUUCUAUUUAGUAUACCUAUUAAUACAAACACUGUGAUUUCUAUUGCUAUGGUGUGCUUUGCUGUCUUACUGUAUUCGAGAAAUCCAGUACAAAACACGCAACCAAGAGAGAUAGAGAGCAAGAGCCUUUUAGUAUGAACAACAGUAUAAACAACUUCAGUAUUAAAUAUGUUUAAUAGUCAAGAUUAUGAUGCUAGAACAGUACAUAUUACCAUUAAUAUUAAACUGCUAUAAGUGCAAUUUAUUGCAACACAACGAUACAAAUCAAAUAAUUUAAUAAUUAUAUAAAUUAAUAUUAAGAUGGUGACUGAAUGCGACUAAGCGAAAAUAUUGUAAUUUUCUUUUAGGAUAUAAAUGAAAUUGAGCAUAUUGAGAUAUAUACACAUGCAAAGUUCCAUUAGCAUUUAUGACUUUUAAGAUAUUUAUAUAAUUUGAUAAAAUGAAUGACUGGAUAAUCAAAUUUA